AUGGAUCCCAUCGACCCAACCACCGGCCAGCCCCUCCCCAGCGACGCCAUCCAGCGCAUCCUCUUCGUCGCGCACCCCGUCCACGUCUACAACAUCCCCCCGCUCACCUCCAUGCGCGGCCACUCCGCCUCCUCCUGGACCGAGGACCCCGCCCGCCACAUCUUCACCGCGCGCCUCCGCGUCGUCGAGACCUCCUUCGAGAGCACCGCCGAUUCCUCCUCCUCCUCCGCCACCAGCAUCAAGAUCGACCUCGUCCUCGAGGACCCCUCCACAGGCGCCCUCUUCGCCGCAGCCCCCUACAACGACCGCGCCGCCGUCGAGCCCGUAGUCGACAGCAGCCGCUUCUUCGCCGUCACCGUCAAGGACCCCCAGGGCAGGAAAGCCGUCCUGGGCAUCGGCUUCGAGGAGCGCUCCGACGCCUUCGACCUCGCCGUCUCGCUGCAGGAGGCCCGGCGCAGCCUCGGCUGGGAAUCCGAACAGGCGCACAACUCGAGCAACCCGGCCGACGCAAAGGCCAACAAGACGGAGACCAAGGACUACAGCCUCAAGGAGGGCGAGACCAUCACAGUAAACCUCGGCGGCACAAAGUUCGGUCGCCGACGGCCCCAGAACGCGCAAGACGAGUCAACAUCGUCGAGCAGUUCGGCCGACCUACAAUCUUUUGCCCUGCCGCCUCCGCCCGCGGGAGGCUUUUCUUUGCCGCCGCCGCCCAAGACGUCGGACGUGAAAGAGAAGCGCAAGUCGCUCAAGAACCUGGGCUUCGACGACGGCCAGUUUGGAGAAUUUGCGUAG